UGCUAGGGCUUAUACUGACCAUUAGUUCUGAUUACUGGGGAGGUUUUGAAGUGCAAAAGUGGACAUGAUGAUUGGAAUCGCUUUCAGAGUUUCUUGGCUUUGUUGCCUGCUAAUUGGAGGGAUAACCUGUUCUACAUCAAGUGAUGGGUAUCCUGCACUAGGGUCUGAUGCAGCAUGGCUCUAUGCAGGCUCACUUGGGUCUAAAGGAUAUGGUAAUUACAGCUCUCCAACAGCUCAAAUGCAAGCGCAGCUGACCGAAGGGCAACAGAAACAUCCGGCUGCCAUCCUGCAAAAACAACUGGUCCCCAUGCCCCAGGCACCUCAGAAAACGUGGUAUCCAGCUCAAAUGCCCCAGAAGCAACCAGCUACUGAACUUCAGCAUCAGAAGGAACAGGCCUCCAUACCCCAGCUACCUCAGCAAGUGUGGUAUCCAGUUCAAAUUCCCCAGCAGCAAAAGCAACCAGCUACUGGUCCUCAGCAGCAGAAGGAACUGACCACCAUGCCCCAGAAGCAACUGGCUCCAAUGCCUAUACCGCAGAAACAACCAACAGCUAUGCCACAGCAAGCAUGGUAUCCAGCCCCAAUGCCGCAGAAGCAACCGGCCGCCAUGCCCCAGCAAGUGUGGUAUCCAGCUCAAAUGCCCCAGAAGCAAUCGACCGCCUUGGCCCAGGAAGUGUGGACUCCAGCUCAAUGUACCCAGCAGCAGAAGCAACCGGCUGCUGAAACUCGGCAGAAAAUUGAACCGACUGCCAUGCCCCAGCCACCUCAGCAAGUGAUGCAUCCAGCUAAAUUUCCCCAGGAGCAGAAGCAACCAGCCCCAAUGCCUUUACCGCAGAAGGAACUGACCGCCAUACCCCAGCAACCUCAGCAAGUGUGGCAUCUGGCGCAGAAGCAACCGGCCCCUAUGCCCCAGCAGCCUCACGACGUGUGGUAUCCAGCUAAAAUGGUCCAGAAGCAACAAGUCGCUGCACUGACCGCCAUGCCGCAGGCACAUCAGCAAGUGUGGCAUCCAGCUCAAUUUCCCCAGCAGCAAAAGCAACCAGCUACUGAACUUCAGCAGCAGAAGGAACCGGCCGCCGUAACUCAGCAAGUGUUGCAUCCAGCUCAAAUGCUGCUGAAGCAACUGACUGCCAUGCCCCAGCAAGUGUGGUAUCCAGCUCAAAAGCCCCAGAAUCAACCAGUCCCUAUGCGUCAACCGCAGAAGGAACUGACCGCCAUUCCACCACAACUGUGGCAAUCGGCUCAAAUGCCCCAGCAGCAUAAGCAACCGGCUGCCACGCUUCAGCAAGUGUGGCAAGCGGCCCCCAUGCCCCAGCAGCCUCAUGAUGUGUGGUAUCCAGCUAAAAUGGUCCAGAAGCAACAAGCCUCUGCAACUCGGCGGCAGAAGGAAAUGACCACCAUGCCUCAGCAAGAGUGGCAUCCAGCUCAAAUGCCCCAGAAGCAAUCACCCACUGAACCUCGGCAGCAGAAGCAAUCGACCACCUUGGCCCAGGAAGUGUGGACUCCAGCUAAAUUUCCCCAGAAGCAACCAGCCCCAAUGCCUUUACCGCAGAAGGAACUGACCGCCAUACCUCAGCAAGUGUGGCAUCUGGCGCAGAAGCAACCGGCCCUUAUGCCCCAGCAGCCUCACGACGUGUGGUAUCCAGCUCAAAUGCCUCAGCAGCAACCGACUGCUGAGCCUCAGCAGCAACCGACUGCUGAGCCUCAGCAGCAGAAGCAUCCGGCCACCAUAACGCCGCAAGUGUUGCAUCCAGUGCACAUGCCCCAGCAGCAACAGGAACUGGCCACCAUACCCCAGCAAGUUGGGUAUCCAGCUCAAAUGCCCCAGAAUCAUCUGGCCUCCAUGCCUCUACCGCAGAAGCAACUGACCCCCGUGCCUCAGCAAUUAUGGCAUGUAGCUCAAAUGCCCCAGAAGCAACUUGCCCCAAUGUCUCAGCAGAAGCACUACGAAAGCACUGAAGAUGGUGUCUCUGGUAGCUCUCAGGCCAGCAUUGUUGAACAGUUGGGUGUCAUCCCAAUCUAUUCCUACAGUUCCAAAUCGCACUACGAGAAGGGCAGAACUGUCUUCUCCCAAACCCGCUACACUCCUAGGGAGGCUAUGCCUGUUGACAGUGGAAAUGCUCCCAAGGAUAGUUAUGUUGGCAUUGGUGCACCAAGCAUACAUCCACCACUAGUGAAGGAUUCUGCAAGGGAAAUGUAACGGAGUCAUCCUCUAGAAGCUCUAAUGGAAGUUGCUGGUGCU